AUGGUGAUGGUGCUGGCGCUCGUGCGGACCGCCGCCAAGCGCGUGGGCCGCGUGCCGCAGCUUCAGACCGUGCAGGGCGCGCGCAGCUUCGCGUUCCGCACGCGCCGCAACGACGAAGACGACGACUCGUUCCGCGGCCGCCGGCGCCGCAACCCGGAGGACUACGAGCCCAAGGCCGCGGACGAGGACACGGGCGACCUGUACGACCCGUACCGCGAGUACAUGGAGACGACGGGCGAGCGCGGCUACCGGGAGUUCAACCCGGACAACGUGGACAGCCAGGAUUUCCACCGCGAGUGGGAGGAGCCCGCCGCCAUGAUGGAGGACAAGUCGUGGCCCGCCACCACGGGCACGGACCUGUUCUCGGACCUGCUCAACAUCCCGAGCGAGCCGCCGAGCGGAGAGAAGCUGGACAAGAUCCUGAAGGAGUCCUUCGCCCGCAUGGGCCACACGGGCAACAUCAACGACGUCAAGCUGCCCGAGAUGGACGUGGAGAUCCCCGCCGACCACCCGGACAAGGAGGCGCUGGAGAUCAUGAAGCUUUCCAUGAUGAACAACGGCCGCCUCAAGAUGGACGACAAGAACGACCUGCUCAAGUCCAUCAUCGACGAGCUCAACCACCUGCGCAACGACAAGACCACGCUCUUCAAGGGCCUCGACAACAAGGACGAGGAGGAGAAGAGCAAGAAGAAGUCCAAGAACAACUAA